AUGUCCGCCUUAAUGCGCAGCGGUGCCAAUCGCGCUCAUAGCGACGAUGCGACGACCGCCUUUGCGAAACACCACCACAACCACGCCGCCGCGGCGGGGCUCGAGAAUGCCGCCACGCUGGCCGAAGUGCGAGCCGCUCUCGACGCCCUGCACGCCCGCGAAGCGGGCAUCACCCGACGCCUCGACACCCUGAUCGCCUCGCAGACGGACCUCUCGCGAGACCUGGGCCGGCUGGAUAUGCUGCGCGCGGGGCUGGGCUCCCAGGUCAUUGCCACGCGCUCCAUUGGCAACGACAUGCUGGCCAACGCCGCGGAGACGGCGGGCGACUUGAGCAGCAAGGUCAAGAAGCUGGAUCUCGAAAAGAGCCGAGUCGAAGAUACACUGCGCGUGGUGGAACAGGUCGCAGAGCUCAAGGCCUGCGUCCACGGCGUCGUUGGCUCCAUGGGCGCUCCGCAGGACUGGGAAGCGGCCGCUGGGUACCUGUCUAGGGCGAGCCAUGUGCCUGAAGAGAUUGUCAAGGGCCCCUUUGCUGCGGAUAUCGUGCCCAGCGUUGAAGUUCCCGACGCGCCGUGGACCACUCUUGAAAACGCCAAGGAGAGCCUCUGCACGCUGUUCCUCCGCGAGUUCGAAAAGGCGGCCGCCGACGGCGACGGAACCAAAGUCACCCGAUUUUUCAAGCUUUUCCCCCUUAUCGGACGAACUGAGGUUGGCCUCGACGUCUACGGAAGAUAUGUUUGCCAGGGUGUGGCCGGGACAGCUAGGACGACGCUCAAGGACGGCGUCGGUGGCCAGACGCGCAAGGACGGUUUCUUCUAUGCCAAUGCCCUCACGAAGCUGUUUGAGCACAUUGCGCAGAUUGUUGAAGGUCACGGUGGCUUGGUCGAGAGACACUAUGGCACAGGAAAAAUGGUUCGUGUCAUUGAAAGACUUCAGAUGGAAGCAGACGUGCAGGGUGGCAUUAUCCUUGACACGUGGACCGAUGAGUGCAGUCUGGACAGGAAAAUCACUGAUGUGAAGAGCUAUCCGUUCUCGUUCCUCGUGCAGAGCUUUCUGCCUCCGCAAUCACGAAGCAACACGCCGCGCAUCAAUUCGCCAGCGGUUGGUGCUGGAACUAACGGCCGCGCCAGCGAGGAUGAAGGUGUUAAUAUGAAGGAAGUGGACGCGCUACUGAGCGAGAUCGCGGUCAUGCUCGGCCGAUGGUCGCUGUAUACGAAAUUCAUCUCCGGAAAAUGCGUCGAUCCUGACUCUGAGGACUCUCCGCUGUCAACUGCGGAUGUAAUUAUAAAAUCCAACCUAUACAAAAAGAUAAUGGGAAACCUUGUGUCGCCAUACAACGUCAUGACAGGCUUCUACUUUCGCCGCUCGGUGGAAAAGUCGUUCCAGCUGGACGAAUACCCGCCUGGGCUGUCGUUGAAAAUGAACAAGCCCAUCCAAGGCGAGGCGCCGUACAUUAUUCUGGCCGUUGAUGAUGUAAUGUACAUCAUGAAUACUACGAUACAGAAGUCCAUCUCAACAUCGCAGAGAGACGUAGCAUCAAACGUUAUUCCCUCGAUUGAGCGAAUUCUGUCGGCAGAUUUCAUCGGAAUGAUACAACGCAAGAUGCGUGAUGAAACAUAUCCGAAGCCCGUCAUACAAGGCGGGUUCCCACCGGAAGACAAGAUUGUUCAGUUUAUUGUCCUCAUCAACAGUUUGGACACGGCGAACCAAUAUCUUAAUAGGAUUAUUGACGGCCGUAUAUCACUCUCCGAGGACAACCCGGAUAUUGCACUUCCGGGCGAGGGACUGAAAGAGUCUUUCCCCUUUGAAAAAGAUGCUGUCAUGGUUGCGAACCAGCUGCACAAGCUACAAAAGAACUUUUUGGCAAAAUCCAACGAGUUGCUCAGUGAAGGAAUCAACGUCUUAUUUGAGCGAGUCGUCAAACUCCGCCUGCGGCCGGUUCUCGCUGAAACAUUCCGCGACGCCGAUUACACCAUGACGGAGCAAGAGCUCGCCGAGUAUGCGGAGCAAAACGAAGAAGACUCGGAGCAGGUCAUUGAGAUGGUGGCGCGCCGAUUCGAGCGCGGCUGGGACAUGCUGAUGAAGCCUAUCGGCCGCAUUAUGACGCCAGCCACGUUUAGCGUCCUGUCGGACACGACGGCCAGAUACCUGUCGCGGGUGCUGGAGAAGAGGAUCCUGAACCACUCGGGUAAGACGAGCGAGUACGGCGCGAUCCGCAUCGAGCGCGACUUUUCCGCCAUUGUCGGCAUCGUCGCCAAAGGCCACUACGGCAUCCGCGAGGUGUUUGGCAAGGUGACGCAGCUCAUGAUGGUGGCCAACAUGGAGGACGAGGAGUGGGAGGAGCUGGUGGCCCUCGAUGGGGAUGAUGGCAUCGAGUGGACGCUGACGGAAGACGAGAGGAAAAAGGCGAGGGCGCUUGUGCGCCGUGCCUAA